CUCCACUCCCUCCUCACACGCGGAGGGUCCACGCCGGGGAUUUUUUUUUUCUUCCUUUUUUUCUAUAUUCUUUCUUUUUUUUGAUAUUAAUACAAACUAAGUGAAAGCGGAGGAGGACAUCAGGAGGUGACAAGGACAAGAAGAAGAAGAAGAAGAAGAAGAAGAAGAGGUGCACGCCGCCAUGGAAGAGUUGACGGCGUUCGUGUCCAAGUCGUUCGAGGCGAAGAGCAAGGAGAGCAGCAAUAAGGAGGCCAUCACUUACCGGGAAGUUCUGGAGAGCGGCUUGGCGCGGGCGCGCGAGCUGCAAAGCCCCGAGCAGGGCGCGCACGACUUCGCCGAGGGCGCGCACUGCCCGCUGCACGUGUUCAAGGAGCACGUGCACGAGCUGGACAAGGACAAGCUCAAGGACUUUAGCGUCACGAGGCCCACGGAAGGCAUCUACGAGUGCAGCAAGGACAAGAAGGAGGAGGUGAAGUCCGAGGACGAGGACGCUCAAAGCAAGCUGAAACAGCGCCGAAGUCGCACCAACUUCACGCUGGAACAACUCAACGAGCUGGAGAGACUCUUCGACGAGACCCACUACCCUGACGCCUUCAUGCGGGAGGAGCUCAGCCAGCGCCUCGGUCUCUCCGAGGCCCGCGUCCAGGUUUGGUUUCAAAACAGAAGAGCAAAAUGUCGGAAACAAGAAAACCAGAUGCACAAAGACAUCUUUCCCUUCUCUCCAGGGGUCAUCCUGGGCAGCGGCAGCCACCUGGACGCCUGCAGGGUGGCGCCCUACGUCAACAUGGGGGCCCUCCGCAUGCCCUUCCAGCAGGUCCAAGCGCAGCUCCAGCUGGACGGCGUCGCCCACUCCCACCCGCACCUGCACCCGCACCUGGCCGCCCACGCCCCCUACCUGAUGUUCCCGCCCCCUCCCUUCGGACUACCAAUCGCCUCGCUGGCCGACUCGGCCUCGGCGGCGGCGGCGGUGGCGGCGGCGGCCAAGAGCAACAGCAAGAACUCCAGCAUCGCCGACCUGCGACUCAAGGCAGGACUUCUGCGGGGCCAGUGGCUCAGUCCACUCCAGGCACAGAUCACACAGACCCGGGGACCGUACAAACACAUGUGGAUGUCCGUCUGAGGGCCCGCCACGGGGGUUAGGGGGACGGGGGUGGGGACGGGGGACACACGCCUUUGACGCCCACCCCUCAUUGCCUCUCUGUCGGCUCUAACAAACUUGAAGAAGCGGCCGUGUUUGUUCACAAGCGUGCACGGGGGCCCUCCAGCUCGUCUCCUCCCUACGAACGGAAGCGACAACCUCCAUGACGACCCCCAAACACCCCCCCACCCCCUUCUCAGACCUUCUUCUCCCUUUUCCGUUGGCUAAAGAAGUGAAGACAGCCUUUGCACUUCAGGGUGUUUACAAGAAGCGAGAUACUACUUUAUUAUUACAUUUUUUUUUUUCUUUUAAAAAAAAAAGGUACUAAUAAUAAAGCGGAGGGACAUUUGAUAUCAGCCAAAAAAAAAAAAAAAAAAAAAAAAAGGAUAAAGGGUAUAACCGAUUUUGUUUCAGUAUUUGGGAAAAGAACCAUGAAGACGUCAAGUCAAACUGAAAUGCAAAGUGUGCAGUUUUAAGUGCAAUACUGUAAAUAGUGAGGCAAAAAAAAAAAGAAAGAAAAGUUAGUCCAUUUUGUUUCGGUUUUCUUUGACGCCGUGUGUAUAUUUUGUUGGAUUCCGGACAAACAAACAGGGUGCCAUGUUUCAGGGGUGUCCAAAGUGGGAGAGACAUGUUUGCUGUUGGCAGAUAUAUUCUGAUGAUGCAAUGAGUUCAUAUUCUUAGCUUGCGCUAAUUCGCUACGUCACUUAGAACAUACCAUGUUUUAGUUUUGUUCCCGUAGCUUAGGGAGCUGCCGUCCACUGCAGUGGACAUGAAUAACAGGGCUAUUUUUUUCCCCAAAAUGUGCAACUCUGACAAAAA